AAAUCACUGUAGAGAAGCAGCCCCUCAAUGCCCCCAUUUGCUUAUAGACUGGAGCUUUAGGGGGGUGAAUGAUGCUGGUAUUUUCCUUCAGUCUCUUCAUCACCACCACCCACCACCACUUCUUUCCCUUUCCCUAAAUUUUCAAUCUUUACACUUUGCUUCUUCAGUCCUCAAGCCAAAGCCAAAGCCAAAGCCAGCCAAGAAAAUUAUAUAGAAUAGAAAAGAAAAGUGAUGAUAGUUGCUUCCUACCAUCCAAAAUCUUUCCUUCAAUCCAACUCUACGUAGACAUCAAAUCUUUACAUCCCAUUGUUCCAUUAAGUCCUUCCAAAGAAACCCAUUUUUCCAUAAAGAAAAAUUGUUUCUUGGCUCUAAAUCGUUGACCCCAAUAAAGGAAAAACAUUAUGACUGAAGUACUCCAAUCAUCCCCAUCUCAUUUCCCUUCAUUUUCAAGCUCCACCUCCACUCCACACGCCCUUACUAACUCUAACGUAAGCACUGUGGAGGAUAUAAUAACCCAAGAGAGUGACCAAGAAGAAGAGGAUAGGCAAGAAGAGGAAGAGAGGAAAGAAAGGGAUAGAGAAGGGGAAGGGGAUCAGCUGUCUUUAUUGACGCUUUUGGUGGCUGCUUUUAGGAAGUCUUUGAUUGGGUGUAGCCUUUCUGGAAGUAAAGAGCUUUGUUCAAUGGAAAUUGGGUUGCCUACCAAUGUUAGACAUGUUGCUCAUGUGACUUUUGAUAGGUUCCAUGGAUUUCUUGGUUUGCCGGUUGAAUUUGAGCCUGAGGUCCCCAGGAGAGCUCCAAGUGCCAGUGCGAGUGUAUUUGGGGUUUCAACAGAAUCUAUGCAGCUCUCACUGGACUCUAGAGGGAACAGUGUUCCAACAAUACUACUCCUGAUGCAAAGUCAUUUAUACGCCCGGGGAGGCCUCCAGGCAGAAGGAAUUUUCAGAAUUAAUGCAGAGAACAGCCAGGAGGAGUAUGUCAGGGAACAACUAAAUAGGGGAGUUAUACCAGAUGGGAUAGAUGUACAUUGCUUGGCUGGUCUUAUAAAGGCUUGGUUUAGGGAACUUCCUAGUGGUGUUCUGGAUUCGCUUCCUCCAGAGCAAGUAAUGCAAGCCGAGUCAGAAGAAGAGUGUGCUCGGCUUGUACGGCUCCUUCCUCCAACCGAAGCUGCUCUACUGGAUUGGGCAAUAAACUUAAUGGCUGAUGUUGUACAAGUGGAACAUUUGAACAAGAUGAAUGCACGCAAUGUUGCCAUGGUGUUUGCUCCAAACAUGACACAAAUGUCCGAUCCUUUAACUGCAUUGAUGUAUGCAGUCCAGGUGAUGAAUUUUCUGAAGACCCUUAUUAUUAGAACACUUAAAGGAAGAGAAGAUUCUAUGGUAGACUCUGCUCCAGUCUCUCGCUUAGAGCCGUCUGAUAAGAAUGGACAGCAAAGCUCUUCACAACUACUCAAAGAUGCCAGUGAGGAGGUUAAAAACGAAAGCAAAGGAGAGAAAGCUUUUGUUGGUCAAGAACCUGCCUUAGAGAGCCCCACCCACUCUGCUGAAGAGAAUUUGACAACUGAAAGUGGCCCUCAAAGUUUCCUAACUUCAAUCGAGAACAUUUGUGCUGGAAACCGAUCUCUAGCCGAUAACUGUCCUUGCACUUUAGUUUCUCAAGUGAACUGUUUAGCAAAUGGCAGCCUGCGAAGUACAUGUGGAAAGAGCAGAAGUGAUCAAUCAGGUGCUUCAGGUUUAAGGAAGGGAGCAAAGAAGGCAAACGAACAGGCAGUUGGUAAUGUAACAGGAGCUGUUCAGAAGAACAAGGGAACGAGGAUUGUGGGGCUGAUAAAUACGAGAGCCGAGCUUUUUGAAGCUUGGAGGUAAUGCUAACGUUGUAGUCAGAUGGGGAGGGGGAAAUGCCAACUGGUAGAAGUUGGUAUGUUGUGUUUUGGUUUGGUUUGGUUGGUUUGUUUUUGGUCCUUUGAAAUGUCGGUGUAUGAGGUCAUGUGUGUGUCUUGUAUGUGAUUUUGAAUGGAGAUUCUUUUACUUUUCAA